CUCGUCAUACUGAGAGAAAGUGGAAGGAAAACAUCCACACAAGUUCAAGGACAAUGUGGCUGGUCCUUCUUACGUAUCAACUUGCCACGCUCCUCCUCAUCCGAGCUGAAAACCCCUGCUAUAGACACUCCACCUUCAGAAGUCCAGCAAACUCGGACAUUGAGGUCUUCUGUGGCGCUCAGACAUUGAAGCUUCACAUCCUGCUGUGCCCCAUCUACUUCAGAGGGUACAAUGAGUCCCUGAUGUCCCUCAACUCGCAGCACUCCAAACAGGCAUGUAAAGGGACGGCCGACUGGGCCGUGGACCCGCCAAUUGUUAAGUUCAACUUCUCCAUCACAGAGACGGGCAUCAGCGAGUGUGACAACUCGCUGGCAGUCACCCAGGAGGUGGGAACGGGAGUGUUCUCCGAAUUCUCCCACGUUGAGUACAUCAACAUCUCAGGCAUGGUCUGCUCCAAGGACCCGUCCAAAAAUCCCAUUACCUAUCACCAAGAAGUGAUGUACAAGUUCUCCUGCCGCUACCCUCUGCAGUACUUCAUCAACAAUACUCAGAUGAGCGUAUCUGGGGCCAAUCUGGUCAUUAAAGACAACAACGGAAGUUUCAUCAGUACACUGAGCAUGGGACUGUACUCGGACAACAGCUACUCCUCCUCACUGCUGAUGCCUCAAGAAGGUCUAGAGCUGAAGACCAGGAUCUUUGUAGAAGUGAGGGCCUCGAACCUCAGCAACAGAUUCAACGUGCUCCUGGAUCGAUGUUAUGUUACAGCCUCACCUUUUAUCAUCGACACCAGCUUCCACGACCUCUUCGUUGGGUGUGACCGGGACAUCCAGACAAUUGUCAUGACUAACGGAGAUCAGCAGGAGGCCCGCUUCUCCUUUGAGGCUUUCCGCUUUAUUCAAAGCUCAGAUGACAUCAUCUCCACCUACUACGUCCACUGUGCCACCAGACUCUGUGUGAACUCCAUCUGCCCUGCCCUCGUCCAGAACUGCACCAGCUCUAGGAGGCGUCGCAGCGUCGGCGACAACCAAGAUACUACAGUGAGCGACUCGGCCACCAUCACUUCAAGCCCCAUUUAUACCAAGUUAGAGAAAGGACAUAUGUCGGGAUCUGAAGACCCUCAGGAAAGUCAUCAUACAGUGGUGGUGGUCUCAAUCAUAGCGGGCAUCAUCGGCCUCAUUUGCCUCACUCUCAUUGUCGUCAUCGUUCUCAAGACGUACAAUGCAAAAAGUGCCGUAGGCAAGACUAUUCUGUACCCACCAGAAUGACACAUGUCCAUUUGGUAUGAUCCGUCAUACUAAAUGAAUAACACCAUCAUUCAAGACUGGAUCACCACAAAUAUGUUUGCUGUAUUUUGUUUUCCUGCCCCUCUUACUUAAGAUUUAUUAAAUAGCACUUGGUAUGAAAGUAAAGAUAGUCAGAAAUGUUAUAUUGUGCCCUCAAUGGCAUUUUUCAUGACUGAUCUUUAAAUUUGGUUGUGGUAGUUAAUCAAUUAAAAAACCCCGCCAAUAAAAAAAGAAAAGAAAGAAUAUAUAUAUACAUAGCAGCUCUAUUCCCAUAUUAAAAUAAGUGAACAAAAGGGAAAAAGGUUCCAUGUCUCUUUGACCUUAAUGCUUUCAUUCAGCCUGUGUGAAAAACAUAUUGUAAGUAAACUUUGUGAAACAGUAGCCGGAGUCGUGUUGGUUUACUCUGUUAUUAAAUGGAGGAAGUCUAGUUCCCAAGAAGCAACAGUACCUGUCCUGCAUUCACAACCAUGCACACUGCCUUAGGCCUUCACCUUUUAUUUAAAUCUCUGGUUUUGGACAAUGGGGUUGUGGGCCGCCACUGUCUUACUAAAAGCAAGGUACUGCGAGUCAGGGUAUUUUCUAACUUUUUACAUCAGAUUUUAGUUUUGUACUUGUCCAAUAAAGAUGUUUGAUAAGAUUUCAUGGAUGUUCCUCACAAUCCCGGUAGAAGCUGGUGUAGUGAGCACCAUGUGAGGAACAACACAAAGAGCCUCAGUCAUUAUCUUAGGAGUAGAUGUUAAACUCAAGAGACUUUCCUCUGUGAUUUUUUUUAUUCAUGCUGCUGACCCCUUUGUACGUCUCUAAUCAGUUCACAUCUGCUGACUGGAGGUGGUCACGGAAUUUUAAUGGAAUUGUGUAUGAACGGGCGAAGAAAGCCAACCUCCUGGAUGUAGAAGCACUUAAUGAGCGGGUUUUCCGAACACAUGAAAGUCCCCUAAAGUGGUUUCUAAACCUAAAAUUAACAUUUGAGUAUAAAAACCUCUUACUGUGUAGUCAGGAUUUUAACUGUAUUAUUAUAAAAUGAUUGGCUAGUUUGGUAUUUUGUAUGAAUAAACAGCUAUAAGUUGCUCAGGAACUGUACUUUUGUACUUGAAUAAUGCUAAUAAAAGCAUGUUUUGGCUUCCUUUUCACUCA